AUGGAUAGUUUGGCGUCAAUUAGCCCCCAGGACAGCGGAAAAGAGACGAAAAGCGAUCUUGCCAAGAGAAAUGACGCUGUAGAAGGCCCAAAAGAUGAGAUAGCACAGCUUCUAAACAAAGCGCUUCCUAUUGACAACAACGAAGAGAUGAGACGUGAACCUGAGAUAGUGACACUAUAUGAGCUGCUUGAUGUUGCUCCCCAUGGUAGAAAGCUAAAAAAUGAUCUCUUUUCAACCUUUCAUGGCAAUACAAGUGUAUUCCAGCAUUAUGGUAAAAGCUCCAUUAAUAGGCACUUGGUGGACACUGUAGACAGUUGGAUUGUUGAGAAAGAGGAGUUGGCGGGCGAAACAGGUGGAUUGCGUGCGGCAUCGCGUGGAGAGUAUUCCUCUGCCAUUUUUUCAUGGAGCUCAGCCAAUAAGGACAAGAAGAAACUGAGCUCAUCGCAAGGCAAGGGACACACCUCUUCUAGCGGAGACCAUGGACCGCGCCUUUCUUUGAACCAAGCACUCCAAAAACAAGCUAACGCGGGUAUAAGCGAGUUUCUCACGCAACGACGAGUUCAGGAACGCUCGCGAGAAAUCGAAAAGCUCGCCAGCACUAAAACCGUGUCCAUCACCCCCAGCUCUUUCAAAGUCGACCCGUUGCUAAAGUUCGAAGCCCACGCAUUGCCGAAACAGAAGAAACAAGACGCAGCGAAGCGCCAACGCCAACAGCAGAAGAAGAAAAACAGACUAAGCAACUUGUUUUUUUGGAAGGGUUCGUCGACCAGCGAAAAGUCCCACCACGAGCCGAAAUCGCCAACACCGUUGAAACCUGCACCCGAACCGAUUGAAAUACAUGCGAAUCCUGUUGAAAACUACAGUCCCACCCACCAACAUGACCAGUUGUCGUUUGAAGCUUCCAUGUGCGAAUCGUUUGGCGACAAUAACUCUGCAUUUGGCGAAUUUGAGUCAGCAUGCGCGUCACCACCAGUAAUAGAGGCCACUGAAGCAAAAUCACCGAUCGAGGCCGGUCCUCGUGGCUCAAACACCUUUGUGAUGGACUCAUUCACGCCGCUCCGGCCAAAGAAGAAAUGCUAA